UUAGUAGAAUUCAAAAACAAGAGUUUUCAAAAACAUAAAUGACCCGUGCGAUGUUUUAUCACUCACCAGCUCCGAACUGAGCAUCGGAUGAAAACUUUUUUGUGUAAAAAUCAAAGCCAGUAAAAAAAAGGGAAACAAAAUCCGUGCUAUUGUUGCAAUUUUAUAAACGCUUACAAUCAUGCGGGUGAUAUCGCGUGUAGUAUAUACAGUUUCAGGUACAAACAUGUGUCAUACGCUCAACAAUUCGUUAAGUAUAUCGACAACAGCCCAUGAUUUCACUCACACAAUAUUCUUCCGUCAUUAACAUGUUGGGUUUCAUUUGGGUUCUCACGAAAAACUGACUUCUUAUCUCAUACAUCCAACAAAACUGAAAUCUACACUCGUUAUCCAAACCAUUUCGUGCUCAUUGGACUGCCCAUACUACAAUAAUGGUGAAAGCCAAUUUUCCCAGCUUACGGUUACUCGUCACCCAUAACGCCAUUUUCACCCAUUAAAAACGAAUAAAGUGACCAAUUAGCCAGUCGUCGUUGGGUGUAUAAAUUAUGGCGCGGAAAUGUGCUGUACAUCAUUCGACGAGUAUCAGUUCAUUUGGUAACGUCCUGCGUCAAAGUGUGUAGCAGACUCGACACUCGUGAGUUUCAAGGAUCAUCGUCACCAGAAUUUUUACUCGUCUUACAAGAAAAAAGUCGUUGACAUGUAUCACCAGCGACCUCGAUUUGACACGCUGGAGUGCGCAUCUUGGUGGGGACCAACCGAGUCCGCAACGAAAACAACAGGCGUGCCCGAAAAGUCCGGUAACGUGUGUAGGGAGGUCGAUCAGUUGUUUUCCUAUUACCGGGACAAAGAAGACGAGGUAAAAGCCAGUCGUUUCUUGAAUAAAGACCGACUGGAAACGACCAGCAGCAUCAUAAACAUGAAAGUGGUUGUGAAGACCCCUGCCUCUGCUUACGAUCACUAUCGUUGCGAUCCGUGGUGGUACGCGCAGACUAAGUACAAGAUUCACCCUUACGAACAUUUGCAUCGUCAGGUGCAUCCGUUCUACGAGAUAAUCUUUGACGAUUACCAUUUGAAUCUCAAGAUAGCCGCUGAUAAGAAAGGUGAUACCGGAUUCCGAUGCACCUGCAAGGCCAGCCUGUCACCUUUUGAAUUGUGCUUUUGUUUGAAUCCCGACAGACUGGUGAAUCGCCGGCAAAGUCAUGCUAUCUCGCGCAGGUACUGAAAAUUUCCGUACAGAUGUGCCCGAAAGUAACUUGAUUCGAUGUUUUCCGUGUCGAGUGCUUGUACGUUUAAUUUGGUGAAAUUCGUGAUAUACGAAAAUUUUUAUGUGCGUGUCAGUCAAAUCAAGUCUGUUUUCGUCUAUUAACUCUAUUAACGUUUAUUUUAACUUUAUUGACGUUUAUUAAAAAUUAAGCCCAUUAACUAUAUUUUACGAAAAUUCAGACGAAUUGUACAUUGUUUUAUACGCGAAAGAAAUUUUUUAACUUUGUUGUCCAAAAGUUUUUUACAUAACUUUGAUUUUUAUUUGUAUGUAUUUUAUUGACACACGUAUAAGAAGAAAAAAUUUUUAUAAAGUGUAAAUGUAUGAUCGUGUGCAGAAUUUGACAAUAGAAAGACAGACUCGUGUAAUCCAGGGACCUCUGGAUUCGAUACUCCAUCUAUAUUCUGUAUACAUCUAUGUAUAUAACCACAACAAUAUUAUGUGAAA